AUGGCUUUAGGUCAAAAAGGCACUGACGAGCACAUGGCGUCCCGCCACACCUCCACCCACCCCCCACAAUGGAUGAAACAACUGGAAGUGAAAUACCAAAGACUACACGCUAAAAUCGCCAGCCAGGCGUCUCGCAUUUCAAAUAAACGACACCAUAAUAUCGUCCAAAGGAAGGGCCCCGCGACCCGAUUAAAAUUAGCACGGACUAUAGGUAAGGAAGAAUCGGACACAGGUAUAGGUAAGAAAGAAUCGGACACAGGUAUAGGUAAGAACGAAUCGGACAUAGGCACAGCUAUGGGUAUGGAGGAAUUGAACACGGACAUUGUCCCGAGCUACGCACCGGUUAAAGAAUACCCCAGCCAGCCGUUUGAAGACAGCAGACAUGGAACUAACGAAGCGCGAAUCGUCAAACCCGACCAUGAAAUGAAUCCCGCCUCACCUAACCCGGCCCACCGAAUGUGGAGGAGCGAGGGGGUAGACGAAUCAAGGGACGGUACUGCCGCGAAGGUUGAAAACAAAAUCGAAACAUGCGUCGCGAAGCCAGAACACAGCGUGGAAAAACUAAUAGCUGUGGGAAAAGAUCCCAAGACAAUUCUAUUGACGGAGUUAGCGGGAAGUUGUGAUCAAGAUUUUGGUGAAGUGUGUUCGAGUCUUCAAUGCCCGGAUCUUGUUUUACCGUGUUGUGCUGAAAAUGACCAACUUGACCACGCGAGUGUUAUUAGUUCGGUGUUUCAUUCGAAAUUGAAUCUGGAGUUUUAUGAAGCCGAGGAACUGAAAAGUGACGCGUCGUUUGUUUUAGAUAAAAACGGCAAUUCUACAACAGCGGGGGAGUUUCAGAAAAAUUGUUUGACCCUGGCGUUAGACACUGAGGGCGGGGAUAUGGAGGUGGGUAGAACGAGACAGCGACAUCGGGAUAAUAAAUCUCGAAAAAUUCACGGAAAAUCGAGUCAAGUCACAACUCAUUCUUGUCCAGCUUCGUUUCGAGAAUUCGGGUAUUCAGAUAACGGUGACGUAAGUGUUUUUAAAAGAGUGAACAACAACUUUGGUUCGGCCGAGUUUUACAGCUCUGCGGAUGGAUGGGGGAAUGUUGGACGUACCAGAGUGUUCGCUAGGAUGUCUAAAGAAGCGCGGCAUGCGGUGGAUGAGACGCUCAGAGAGAUGGAGAUGGAGGAGGAGCUUCAGAAUAGACUUGGAGAUGGAAGCAGCGGUCGCUCUCCGCGCGUGAACAACAACAACAACAACAGCUCAACGAUUCUAAAAAUUCAAGACGGCGAGGACAACAGCAUGUCUGCUGAAAGUGAAGUGUCCAUUCCUUCCAGGAACAUCGGGGUGAAGCUCGCCAAGAACGAUAACAACCAACCCCCGCAGAGAGUGAAGAAUACCCACCUCAGCUCAACCUACCCUGGCACCAACAGGAGUAACAGUCCUAAACCUAACGCCAACGGACGGACGAGCAGGAACCGGAAACUGCCGCAGAUCGAGCGCGUGGGUUCCCAGUCUGGCAACCACUUCCCCAACCCGCAUUCCCGUCUGCCGGAUAUUGGCAGGCCGCUGACGUUUCGGGAGAACACGUUUGAGAUCACGCCCGUGGACUUCGACAUCCGGUUUCAUCAGAUCAUCACCUGCCAGACGGGGAGGGGGGAGACCCCGCCCCCAGACGUCCAGCAGCAGGCUAUCGAGAAGUGCCAGCAGUGGCUCGUGCGACACACGCCCAGGCAGUUACCUUGACCUUAAGGUACCUCGACCUGUGUAACACUGGAUGUUAUGUGUACUUUGACCUUAGACCACUUUGACCUUAGUGUACCUUGAUCUCAGGGUACCUGGACCUUAGGAUACUUUGACAUCAGGGGAUCUGACCUUUACCUUGCUAUUAGGGUAAAUCGAUCUAAUGGUAUCUUAACAACUGGACCUUAUGAAACCUGGGCCGUAGGAUAUCUGGGCCUUAGCGCUUCUGGGCCUUAGAAAACCUGGAUCUUAUGAUAUGUGGAUCUUAGGCUACA